GGGGGUUUGCGUUCCCAGAGUUCCUAUUGGGUUAACACUGCAGGCUCUAAGAUGGCGGCAGUGGCAACCUGCGGCAGUGGCGCGGGGACUACUGGGUCUGCAGUGGCGACAGCCAGCAAGAGCAAUGUCACCAGUUUCCAGAGGAGGGGUCCUAGAGCCAGCGGGACCAACGACAGCGGCCCUCGACUGGUGUCCAUUGCGGGCACGCGACCGUCGGUGCGGAAUGGACAGCUGCUGGUAUCAACCGGGCUCCCAGCCCUGGACCAACUCUUAGGUGGAGGUUUAGCCAUUGGAACAGUUCUUCUAAUUGAGGAGGAUAAAUAUAAUAUUUACUCACCUUUGCUCUUCAAGUGUUUCCUGGCAGAAGGAAUUGUCAAUGGGCAUACUUUGUUGGUUGCAUCUGCUAAAGAGGAUCCUGCCAACAUUUUACAGGAACUUCCAGCACCAUUACUUGAUGAUAAUAGUAAGAAGGAAUUUGAUGAAGAUGUGUAUAAUCAUAAAACACCAGAAUCUAAUAUUAAGAUGAAAAUAGCUUGGCGUUACCAGUUAUUACCCAAGAUGGAGCAGAUUGGACCAGUAUCAUCACGAUUUGGUCACUAUUAUGAUGCAUCAAAAAGAAUACCACAAGAACUAAUUGAGGCUUCAAACUGGCAUGGAUUUUUUCUUCCAGAGAAAAUAUCUUCAACUCUCAAAGUAGAACCCUGUUCUUUGACCCCUGGCUACAUAAAGCUGCUUCAGUUUAUCCAGAACAUCAUUUAUGAGGAACGAUUUGAUGGAUCCAAUCCUCAGAAAAAACAGAGAAACGUUUUAAGAAUAGGAAUUCAGAAUCUUGGCUCACCUUUAUGGGGAGAUGAUAUUUGCUGUGCAGAAAAUGGUAGCAACAGUCACAGCCUUACCAAGUUCCUCUAUGUUCUCCGUGGUCUUCUGAGAACCUCUCUUUCAGCCUGCAUCAUCACAAUGCCAACACAUCUGAUCCAGAAUAAAGCCAUUAUUGCCCGUAUCACAAACUUGUCAGAUACAGUAAUUGGUCUGGAAUCAUUUAUUGGUUCUGAGAGAGAAACUAAUCCAUUGUAUAAGGAUUAUCAUGGCUUGAUUCAUAUACGGCAGAUUCCUCGGCUUAAUAACUUGAUCUGUGAUGAAUCAGAUGUCAAAGACUUAGCUUUUAAGUUAAAAAGGAAGCUGUUCACCAUUGAGUUCUGGCAGGCAGAGGUCCAAAAAGGGGUCAGUAGAGCUACGUUCCUCCUGGAUGGUCCAAGGAAGAAGCUAUUCCCUUGCCUUUUCCAGCUUCUAGAGGUUGCCUGCAUUCCUUGGCUCAUGGCUUCUUCCUCCAUUUUCAAAGCAAGCAACAUUGGUUUGAGUCCUUCUUACGUUACCAACUCUGGGUUUUUUUCUGCCUCUCGCUUUCACUUUUGAGGAUCCUUGUAAUUACAUUGGACCCACUCAAAUAAACCAAGAUCUCCCUAUUUUAAGGUCAACCGAUCGGCAACCUUAAUUCCAUCUUUAACCUUAAUUCCUCUUCACCAUUUAAGGUAACAUAUUACAGGUUCCAAAGACUAUGGUGUGGACAUUUUUUGAGGACUGUUAUUCUGCCUACCACACAUUUCUUUCAUUUUUACUCGUCAGUAACCACUAUGAUAGUUCGUAGAGACAGAAGAACCACUUCAUUGG